CUGGAUAACACUGCAUGCACUUUUUUUAACUGGACUAGGUGAAUGCCCGUGCGUUGCACGGGGCACAAAUAUUCUAGUUGCUCAUUACUACUCAUGUCAGAACAUACAUCUUUAAGUUCUAAUGCACUUCAAGAUUACAUUUUCAACCUUUCUAGCGCCAAAUCAGUUUUCUUCUUAUUAUUGUUCUUCCUCCCAGCGUCUCUGCCUACAGAUUCAUGCUCGCCACCUCCAUCGAUACGGCUUGUUCUUUGAGUCACAAAUAUCAUCAUCAAAAUAAAUCAAAAGGCCCAUUAUACCCAACAUGUAAGGAAAAUGGAUAUUUGGGUUUGUCUAAAUAUCACAUAUAUAUUACGGAGAAGUUCAUCAGCUAAGCAUCUGUGAUUACAUGUCUAUCUAGUUCCUGUAGAGAGAAGGAAUUGUGUUGCUGGCUUGCCGCUUUGUGUAGCUUGCAAAUGAUUCAAGGAAAAUUGGAGAGGAUCAGAUUGGGAGAAGGAACCGUGUUUCUGGCUUGCCGCUGCUAGCUGCGUCCGCUUGCGCUCCAUGGAACUGGAAUGUCAAGCCGAAUUGUGGCAUGACUAUAUGCCCCCGACCCCCACCCCUUCCCCAACAUUUACCUUGUUUGAGCUGCUCCACCACCUCCAUAGCAUGCAUGUAACCAGCACCCUUUGAUCUUCCGGCAGGUCUGGUACUGUUUGUACUACUUCUUUAGCAUCCAUGUGGAUGUAGUCCUAGAUCUAGACUUCUUCAUAGUUUCUUGACUUCCUUGCAUCUUAUGAACGGGGGCUGUCCUUAUCUAAUCUUUUGCAGCACACACACAUCGUGUCACAAUAUACCUGUACGCUUCAGGGAGAGUCUCAAAGGAAAACAAUUAUGGGUUAGCCUCCAUAAGAAUUGCUGCACUUGUUUUUUUUACAUGGUAUCUCCCAAUUUCUUUUCUCAGCGAUGCCUGUUACCGAGUUAUCACUUGUUGCAGGGGAUAGUGACAUGGGUAGAUGAUCUGCAAAGGGCGAGAUUGCUCGGAAAUUCACAUAGCAUCAGCAGCACGUACUCCCAAGUGAAAAUAAGCUGGAGGUUCAUCAGGUAGAGGUUGAUGCAGCUGAUGUCGUCACCAUCGACGCCGUACCAUAGUACCUUCUUGCCGUAUCGUGAGUUGCCACAUCCUACCUCAACGACCUACAGGCUGCAGCACAACAAGAAACAUAUAUGUUCAGAAAUCAGGAGUCCAUCACGAGAUUGACCUCAAGAAUGGGGGAAGAGGCAGGGGAGCAUGAACUGGGACAGAGAGGGAGAAGAAUGGGGCGUGGCCGGCUGCCACAUCGACUCCAUGUCCUAGUGACGAUGCGAGCCCGGCGGUGGGAGCCUAGGGAAGACAUGAACUCUCGCCCACCCUCUCCUCGACGCUGCAAAAUAGCUCCGGGCGGCAUCGGUGAAUCCUUGGGUGUCGCGCAACAUUGACGGAGAGCGCGCGUCCUCCUGUUGUUCGCCAGAUCGGGGAGCUUGUGGCGGCGGCCAGAUCACAGGUGGGAUAAGGCCGGGAAAUCAAUUGGCGUCGGUUUUGUAGUAGUGGUUUCCAUGGAAAAUUGGGAUAAGGGAGGGAAAUCAAUUGGCGUCGGUUCUUUAGGAGUGGUUUCCAUGGAAAACCAACGUGGGGAGCACGUGGAGAAAAAUCAAUAGCUCGGGUGCAGGAGGGCUUGACGAAACUAACGACGUAAGAGGGGAGAGGGAACCUUACGAUUAUUUUAGGUAGUAGAGAAGAGAUAGAGAUAGAGGUAACUGUAGAUUUUUUCCACGCACUCGAAUCUCCGCCCAGGCAGAGCUGUUUCGGAUACUAUUUCUACUCCGAUUCCAGGUCGUACCGUAUCCAGACAGAUUUCAGUGUCGACGCAGACGGUCUAUUUAGUCGCAGCAAGCUCGACUAUUCGUGGCGCCGGUGGAGGUAGUUCACACAUGAUGGCUAGGAGCGGGAGGGAUCGAUUUCUGCGCCGCCGCCGCAGCUGCCAGCCGCAGGCGGUCCACGGUGAUGACCGGAUCAGCGCCCUAUCCGACGACCUCCUCCUCGACAUCCUGGGCCGCCUCGACACCCGCACGGUUCUCGCCACCGGGAUGCUCUCCAAGCGCUGGGCCGGCCUCCCCCGCGAGCACCCCGUCCUCGACUUCCGCGUCGGGGACAUACUCCCGCCGCGCUACCACCGAUGGCUCCUCCUCCAUCGGGACCCCGAGGUCACCGGUUUCCACCACAAAUCCGGCGCGGCAAAGGUGGAGAAGGCCAUGCGCCACAUCAGGAGGUACGAGCGCCGCGCCAUGCGCGCCUUGGCCAGCUCCGCCGAGCGCCUCUCGGACGCGGCGGCCGGCCGGAGGGUCAGCAGGCUGACGCUCGAGUUCUUCUCGACCCACAACACCGGCUGCAUCAACCGGCUCAUCUCCACGGCCAUCGAUGCUUGGGAGGUCCGCGACGUCGUGGCCGUCGCCAAGCCGGUCUACUCGCAACGCCGGAAGUUCCACGCCUUCCCCAGCCAGGGCAUCUGCGGGCACCCUCACGCGUCACGCCUGCGAAGCCUCAAGCUUGCUGGCUGCGCGCUCCCGCCGCUCCGCGGGCACGGCGCGCUCACCGUGCUCGUCCUGCAGGACACGCCCAUGUCGGCGUACGAGGGCGUCUUCACCUUGUGCCCGCAGCUGCAGGUGCUCCACCUCAUCUCCUGCUACACCGCUGACAUACGAGGGCAGAUCACCGUGGACGCCCCCGGGUCGGACCUGAGGGAGCUCGUCGUCGACCGCUGCGUCGGGUUCAUAGGGAUAUGCCUGCGGGCUCUUCCCAGGCUCGAGCGCCUGGCCUCCCUGGGCACGAGAGUGAGCUUCGAGGCCGCCUCGUGCCCCUGCCUCAGGCAAUGCAACCUCGCCCUGUGCAGGGGCGUCACGGAGGCAACGGCUCGCCGCUACUUUGUGCCACGCACGAAGCUGGAGCUUGCCUCGUUUGUGGGGUGCAUCCCGGACGUAACGGGCAUGAUCGUUCGGUUCACUGGACCUGACAGAUGGAUCGUGCCGUCCGUUUCCUCGCCGGCGCUGUCCCUGCUACCUAACCUCCGGCGGCUGCUGGUCGCCGACGUGCCUCGGUGCUGGGACGUCUCGUGGCCGCGCCUCCUCCUUGAGACGGCGCCUUCCCUCGAGACCCUCCAUGUCCACGUUGCCCCGCCGCCUUGCAAAGAGGAAGAGGAGCCCAGCGGCGAUGAGAUAUCGUGGCGGCCCGCCAUGCGUGGGCACCGGCACCUCAAGGAGUUUGUGAUGACUGGUUUUGAAGGGACGGAGAGGCAGGUUUACCUCGUCAGGUUUGUCAUGGGAGUGUGCAGCACGGCGUUGCGCCAUGUCGCCAUGCUCAAGAAGGGGCUUGUUCGGGACAAGGGCCACUGGGACUGGGAGAUGGCGACGCAGCAGCAGCACUCACAGUCACAGUGGACCGACGAGGAGAAGGACAAGACGCUUAAACAGAUCAUGAAUGGGGUUCCUUCUUACUCAACCGCUUCUCCGGUUAUAGUUUUUGGAUGAUUUGUUGUAAAUUUUUUCAUCCAUAACGUGAAAGUGUGCAUUUGUCCAGUUAAUUUGUAGGCCUCCGGUUUUUUUUUUUGGUCGAUGUGAUUUAUAAGGUGCUGUUGUACUCAAAUUCUAAUGUGCUUGGAGGGUGGAAGACACCGUCGAGCUUGCGAAAUGAAAAACUAGCGGUACCGGCUUCUACCGAGUAGGUGGAUGCCGUUGGAUGUUUAUGAGAUUCACACAGCUCUGUACUGUAGUCAAUGUA